GUUUAGAAGUGUUGCUACGAAGCAAGUGGUGACACUGGUUUUGUGUAUUAUUUUCUUUUGUUUAAUUAUUAUUAUUAAUUUGUUUAUUUGUGAAAUGAUUUAUUAUAAUAACAUUUAAAUGUCCAUCAACACUGAUAAUUGAAUAAUUUUUCUAUAUUUAAUUGGGUUUUUGUUUUAACUAAACAAUACUAAAAUAAAAAUAGUAAAUUUGUUUAGCUGAAUUGUUUUCAGAUCCUUCUAAUAUUAUCUAAACUACCAACAACGAAUCGAGAUCGAAUCAAUAUUUGAAAAAACUGAAAACGUCAAAAGAUGCAAAAACAAGAAUCUUCUAUUUCGAUCAACCAACCCAACAGUUAUACUAUGAAAUUAUGUGAAAAACUCCUAACAUUCACUGAAAAGGGACAAUUUUCAGAUAUUUGCAUCAUUUCUUCUGAUAACGUAAAAUUUUAUUCACACAAAAAUGUCCUGUCAGCAGCAAGUGAUUAUUUUAUGGCAAUGUUUGGUGAUAGUCCCACAUCUACACAAGUUAAAAUCCACGAAGUGAGUGGAAAAGUCUUAAAAGCUAUACUAACUUUUGUGUAUACCGGGCAAAUUGAACUUCAAAGUGAAACGGUGGAGGAUAUUUUGAGAGGAGCAACAUUUUUUCAAAUUCAAUCACUCAUCACACAGUGCAAUUUCUUUACGGCUGAACAGUUAGACAUCAAGAAUUGUUUGAACUUCGCAAUGAUUUCCAAUCAAUAUGGUCCAAUUGAACUCUAUCAGCAAGCUAUCUGGUUUGCAGGUGUGAAUUUCGACCGAAUUUCCAAAGAAGAGGACUUUCUUAAACUCGACGAAAAUCUGUUAAAUGCAAUUAUAUCACGUAGAAAUCUUUGGGUAAGCUCAGAAGAAGUUUUUUAUUUCAGCCUGAUCAAAUGGAUCGACCACGACAAGCUGAAUCGAGAAAAAAGUGCUGUGAAAUUAUUUUCCAAUGUUCGUUAUUGGAUGUUGAGUUUGGACUUUAUUAAAGAACACAAAUCGAAGAUGCCUAAACAAAUGGAAUGUGUGGAAUUGGUUUGUACGUGGCUUGAAUGGUAUUCAUCACCUCGUGGAAUGAUGUGGAGCUGUUUUCGUGCUUGUAAAGAGGCUCAUUCCUACUUUACCACCAAUUAUAUUGACCCCUAUAUUAACCACCCAUACGCUCAAAAAUUUAUACAAAUUGUUGCCAUUUUAGUAUUGUUGCUGAUAAAAACAUCAGCAACAAUACUAAAAUGAAUAUUUAAGACAUCUCGAAGGAAAAAAAUAAAUAAAAAUAUUGGGACACUAUCUUAAAAAAGAGCGUGAUCUAGUAACUUACAACUCUCAAUCAUUUUUCUAUGCAUGUAUGUAAUUAAUUUAAAAAAAUAUAAAAGACCUAAAAUUUACCGCUGCGUCCGCGUUUUUAUGGAAAUUUUUUGUUAGAAAGAUGGUCUUAGAGGCCUUGCAGUGCUUUGAUGUUUGAAAUUCAAAUGAAAAUCACUACAUAAUAGUAUUUUUCUUAAACUUGUACAUAUCAAAGAUUUUAAACAAAUUUCAAAAAUGUUCAAAACCACGGCACUGACUUUAUUUUCAGUGUUCUAAUUUGUUGGUAAAUUGUACGAUUUUGUAAAUUCAAAUUUAUUUUUGGUCACCAAUUGAUGCAUUUUCGGAAUAAAAUAUUUUCAGUAAAGUUAAAAUAAGGAGGUAAAACAUUAAUUACACAACAAGGUCUUGACAAACGUGUUAAAUGUGACCUAGUUAUAUUUUAAUAAAUUAAAGGAGAUGACCCAUUUUUCUAUGGAACCUUGGCCUAGUGUGUUCACUAAUGAAAUUGGUAUCAAAUGAAAGUUGUGGUCAAGCACAUUAUGUGGGUAAAAUAUAUUCAAAAUUGUUGGUGGGGUUUUCAAGAUAUUUGAGUUUGAAGAUGAAGAUCUCAAAAUCAAGAUUUGAGCUGUUUUUUUCAAUUAGUUUAUGGUAGAAUGCGUAAUAAAUGUCGUAAAAAAAUCA